GUAACCGUGACGGAUGGUGGUUCUUCUCCAAAGCAGUCAACUGUUUGGGUGGUGGUCCAGGUUCUGGAUGAAAAUGACAACAAGCCCCAGUUCCCUGAGAAGGUCUACCAGAUCAAACUUCCAGAACGUGACCGCAAGAAGAGGGAAGAGCCCAUCUACAGGGCUUUUGCUUUUGACAGAGAUGAGGGCCCCAAUGCAGAAAUCUCCUACAGCAUCGUGGAUGGCAACGAUGAUGGAAAGUUCUUUAUUGACCCGAAAACUGGCAUGGUCUCUUCCAGAAAACAGUUUACAGCAGGGAGUUAUGACAUCCUAACGAUCAAGGCUGUGGACAAUGGCCGCCCACAGAAAUCCUCCACGGCCCGCCUGCACAUCGAAUGGAUUAAGAAACCGCCGCCUUCUCCUAUACCGUUGACUUUCGAUGAGCCGUUUUACAACUUCACAGUCAUGGAAAGCGAUAGAGUAACGGAGAUUGUGGGGGUGGUGUCUGUGCAGCCAGCCAACACCCCUCUGUGGUUUGACAUCGUUG